GUUCGAAACGGAAAGGAUAGGUGGGACCGAAGACAGAGGAAAAUAAGUGUUAGGAACAGUGGGGAAGUAAUUCACGGCAGCGUACCGGGACCACUGACUGAUUCACUUCGUAAUCGUUGUUGGAAAGCAGAACGUCUCCUUUCGCCUUUGUCAACGUUACUGUCUGCGGAACAAGUGUCACUAGCAACAGACGGUUCUGUUGCAGCAGUUUUGCAGCAGGUGACCCCCACCCCUUCGCCAAAAUCCGGCUAUUAGAUGUGACCACGAGGUUGAUCAGGAGAAGCCACCAUGUCUUAAAUACAGACGGGCCCUCCGGAGCCCUGUCCCCCCACCCUGGACCACCCUCCCCCUCCCCCAUCCACCACCUUACCCCUUCUCCCAGCCCGAUUCCACUCCCAGACCUCCCUGCACAUGUGAGGGACAGGCUACCCAGCCCUGGCUCCCCGCUGGCACACCCCUCCCCUCCCUCCGGCGAGAUGAGCCUGCAGAACCACCAUCAGUUGGGUGGUGGUAGCGGUGGGGUGAUGGGCUCUGAUCGGGACCUGCAGUCUACUGCUUCCUCCAUCUCUCUGCCCUCUGUGAAGAAGGCCCCCAAGAAGAGGCGCCUCUCCCUCGCCUCUCUUUUCAGACGGCGAGGCCGGGAGCCCAAAUUAGGGCGCCAAAGGUCUCGAGAGCUCCAGCACUCUGGACCCGGAGGGCUUGGAGGGGUGGAUGGUAUUGCCAGCAUUGAGAGCAUCCACUCUGAGAUGUGUAAUGACAAGAACUCUGCCUUCUUCUCCGUGGCUGGGACCGGAGCUGUCUCUGCUGCUGCUGCUGCUGCUGCUGCUGCUGCCGCCUCCACCUCAUCUGCCUCAGGGCCUUCUUCCUCUACCUCCUCCUCCUCCUCCAAGGUGGUGGGUGGGGUGGGGACUGAGCUACUGGAGUGCCCGCUGUGCCUUCUGCGCCACUCCAGGGAGAGCUUCCCCGACAUCAUGACCUGUCACCACCGCUCCUGCAUCGAUUGCCUCCGCCAGUACCUGCGCAUUGAGAUCUCAGAGUCGCGCGUCAACAUCAGCUGCCCUGAGUGCUCGGAGCGCUUUAACCCACACGACAUCCGCAUGAUCCUGGGCGACCGGGCACUCAUGGACAAGUACGAGGAGUUCAUGUUGAGGAGGUGGCUCGUGGCUGACCCUGACUGCCGCUGGUGCCCUGCACCGGACUGUGGGUACGCAGUGAUCGCCUUCGGGUGUGCCAGCUGUCCCAAGAUCACGUGCGGCAGGGAGGGCUGCGGUACAGAGUUCUGUUACCACUGUAAGCAGCUGUGGCAUCCCAACCAGACCUGCGAUGCAGCACGUCAGCAGAGAGCCCAGAGCCUCCGCCUGAGGACGGUCCGCUCGUCCUCCCUCAGCUACAGCCAAGAGAGCGGAGCUGCAGCUGAUGACAUCAAGCCUUGUCCGCGCUGUGCUGCUUACAUCAUCAAGAUGAACGACGGCAGCUGUAACCACAUGACCUGCGCUGUCUGUGGCUGUGAGUUCUGCUGGCUCUGCAUGAAGGAGAUCUCAGACCUGCACUACCUGAGUCCAUCAGGCUGUACUUUCUGGGGAAAGAAGCCAUGGAGCAGAAAGAAGAAGAUCCUUUGGCAACUGGGAACACUUGUAGGUGCCCCGGUCGGCAUCGCACUCAUCGCCGGCAUAGCUAUCCCCGCCAUGAUUAUUGGCAUCCCCGUUUAUGUUGGAAGGAAGAUUCAUAACCGCUAUGAAGGCAAAGACAUCUCCAACCACAAGAGGAACCUGGUGAUCGCUGGGGGAGUGACUCUGUCUGUCAUUGUGUCUCCAGUGGUGGCUGCAGUCACUGUCGGCAUCGGAGUUCCCAUCAUGCUGGCUUACGUCUAUGGUGUGGUGCCCAUCUCGCUGUGCCGUAGCGGAGGUUGUGGCGUCUCAGCUGGGAAUGGCAAAGGUGUUCGCAUAGAGUUUGACGACGAGAAUGACAUGAAUGUUGGCAGUGGGGCAGCUGCAACCGAUACUACUUCAGUGGCAGACACCAGAAACAACCCCAGUAUAGGUGAAGGCAGUGUUGGGGGGCUGACGGGCAGUCUGAGUGCCAGCGGCAGCCACAUGGACCGUCUGGGGGCCAUCAGGGACAACCUGAGUGAGACGGCGUCCACCAUGGCCUUGGCCGGAGCCAGCAUUACCGGCAGCCUCUCAGGCAGUGCCAUGGUCAAUUACUUAAACAGGCUGGAGGUGCAGGCCGAUGUGCAGAAGGAGCGCUGCAGUCUGAGCGGUGAGUCUGGCACUGUCAGCCUGGGAACAAUCAGCGACAACGCUAGCACCAAAGCAAUGGCUGGAUCCAUUCUCAACGCCUACAUGCCCCUCGACAGAGAUGGGAACAGUAUGGAGGUCCAGGUUGACAUUGAGUCCAAACCCGGCAAACUCCGGCACCACAGCGGCAGCAGCAGUGUAGAUGACGGCAGCCACGUUGGCCGCUGUGGCUGGACCUGCCCCUCCAACGGUUGCACCUCCUCAGAAGGCAAAGGAACCUCCACUAAGUGGGCCAAAGAGGCGUCCUCCUCCAGCUCAGGGGGCAAAAAGAGCAAAGGCAAGCUGCGCAAGAAAGGCGGCGGAGGCACCAAGAUCAACGAGACGCGAGAGGACAUGGAUGCUCAGCUGCUGGAGCAGCGCAGCACCAACUCCUCAGAGUUCGACUCCCCCUCGCUGAGCGGCAGCCUGCCGUCAGUGGCUGACUCCCACUCCAGCCACUUCUCCGAGUUCAGCUGCUCCGAUCUGGAAAGCAUGAAGACGUCCUGUAGCCACGGCUCCGGUGGAGGCGACUACCACACCCGCUUUGCCACCGUCAGCCCCCUGCCCGAGGUGGAGAACGACCGCCUGGAGACCUGCCCCACUUCUUCAUCCUCCUCCCAGGGACAAGGAGCUGUGAUCACUCCCCACUCCCCCACCUCCACCACCUCCUCCCUGGGCCACAGCGCAGAGCUCUCCCCUCUCUGCUUCAUCACAGAGGAGAAUGUCAACCUGGUGUGCCCCGCUGAGCUGGACUCUCACAGCAACACCAGAGAGCUGCUAAAAGAAACCAACAACAACAACAACCACCACCAACCACAACACCCAACCCAAACCCAAACCCAGCAGCAGCCCAAGAACUCCUGCAUACAGACUGACAUAUGAAAUCUCAAUACCUUAAGUGCUGCACAGACGCUAACAUCUUUUCCUCCAUUACACUAACAGUCAUAGCUUACAGUUAAACCUGCAUUUUCUGUUCUUCCCUUGUGAAGGGGAUGUGUUAUUUUGGGAUUUCUGUCCUUCCUAAAUCAGAGAUCUGUGCGUCCACUGACUGUCAGAGGGCUCAUUGGAAUUAUUGAGAGUGCGGCCAUGUGCGAAAUGUUUAGGUUGUGAAUGCUGGUGUUUUCUCCCUGUGUGACCCGCGGACUGCUGACACUUUUUUGACCGUUCACUUACUCACCACUUGUAACAGAGACAGCCCAGGUGUUUGGUCGCUGUCCUGUUCAUCUGUGUAGGUUAAAAUAAAACCACUGUGCCGGUUUCGCUAGUAUUUGAUUUUGGCUCGACAAUGCGGAUGCAACACCAUGCAGGAAUCUUAAUGUUAUAGCUUUCCAGAAGUGAACUCAAACAGGGACCAGGCAAUAUGAUUCACUAUUUCCUCUUUUAAUUUUUCCCCAGAUGUAUUAGUAACAGAGGAACCUCUGUGUUCUUGUCUGUAUUUAUUAUUAGACUUUUUUGUAUUCUCCCUAGAUGCUUGUUUGCGAUAAACCCUCUAAUGUUUAAUUCUAAGGCCUGGGCUCAACAUCCUGAAUCAUUUUAGCACUGAAAUCGACACAACUGAGAUUCUCUUUAGAUGGAUGUAUUCAUAACUGUUGUGGGAGACGAUGCUGUGUGUGUGUUUUUAGUGCUGCGAUGAGUUUGGAAGCCCAGGCCUGGUUAAGUUCUGCGGAGAGCUUGCGAUGAUACGUCGGGGGUCGGGAGUUGUUUGAUCUGAGAAAGGUCUCUGGAAGGCCACAGUUGUCGAGAUAAUGCUGAAAGUCAUUAUGUUAACAUUAACCAAUGGGUUGGUCAAUUCUGUGAAAUUGUAUUAAGAAAAUGUUUUGUCCUGUUCAAAGGUGAUUUAUUCAGGCUGAUGGUCUCGCCUCACUGAGUAAGAGAGAGCUUUGAUAUCUUUCUUUGUUAACUCAUGGUGCCUUCAAGAAGCUGUUUGUGUUCUCUGUUUGUCUCUCUCCGCUGUGUCUUCAAGACUCCAAACAGCGUCUCAUUAUAGGUUGCAGAAUGUCUGUCUGUGUAGGAGGGAUGCUCAUUCACAUACAGAACAUACUGUGGUAGACAUGGUAAAUGAAGACUUUUCAGUUGCCUACCAAAGACAGCACUCAGGCUCUUGUUAAAUCUUAUACCUUUGACUUGUCACCUGUAGACGCAGUAUGGUGCACCCUUUUUACACCAUGGGGAUGAAUGAAGACAAGACCCAGGAUUAUACAGACAUACAGACCGCUUGUUUUGUACAUGCUUCACAAAUGCUACGCAAAUAACUGAGGCCCCAGAACGGCCUAAGGCACCUGCACUGUUACCUGUAUUUCUUAUUACAUUGAAGUUCUGCAAUGCACAAAGGUUAAUGGGGAUACAUGGGUUUGUUCUGGUUUGUCCUGUGAUUCCUGUUUGUGUUGCCAAUCGGUGCUGCUGAGCAGACUUGAAGUCAAAUUCUGUUUUCAACACUUUAUUUUGAAGUGUUUGCUUACGCCUGUCUCUACUGCUCAGUGGUCAGCUUUUUUGAGGCCACUGAGCCGGCUCAGGUGACCCUCUACCAGGUCGGUAAAAGCAUCUUGAAUGGUAUUUUGACGCAGGUCUGUUGCUGAUUGAACACUCAGUUUGGUUCGGUGGAUGAGGCUACAUGCUGCAGUCUACCCCGCAUUAACGCAAAAUGUUGUUUUGUUCUUCCUCCCAGGUUCUGUUUGUCAUUCUUCACCAAAACUCCAGUUUCUUGAUCCUAAUUUGAACACUAGUGCCAGAUAUAAUUUGUAAUUUGUGCAGAAUGGCAUAAGGUAUUUGUAUAUGUGUUUGGUAAUUUGCUUUACUAUAUGCGUGUAAAUGCAUAUCAGAAAAAUAAAAAAAAUAUAUGAUC